ACCAGGCCCGCCUGUCAUUUUUUUGACUUCUCUCUGGGUGGCUCUCAACGUCUCCGGGCUGCGGAAUCUGCUCGUCCUGGUGGGUUCGAGUCUCCCACAGCCGCUCAGGACUUUGGGACCAGAUCUGUUAAGGAAGAUUACACACCAUCAAAUUUAAAUGACCAAAAUGGAUAUCCGGGGUGCUGUGGAUGCAGCUGUUCCAACGAAUAUUAUUGCUGCUAAGGCUGCGGAAGUUCGUGCCAACAAAGUGAACUGGCAAUCCUAUCUGCAGGGCCAGAUGAUUUCUGGUGAAGACUGUGAAUUCAUUCAAAGGUUUGAAAUGAAAAGAACUGCUGAGGAGAAGGAAGAGAUACUCCAGGCUGAAGGCACCCAGUGUGCUAAAACAUUUAUAAAUCUGAUGACUCAUAUUUCCAAAGAACAGACGGUUCAGUACAUACUGACGAUGGUGGACGAUAUGUUGCAGGAAAAGCACCAGCGAGUUGGCAUUUUCUUUGACUAUGCCAAGCGCAGCAAGAACACGGCCUGGUCCUACUUUCUGCCAAUGUUGAAUCGCCAGGACCUCUUCACUGUGCACAUGGCAGCAAGGAUCAUUGCCAAAUUAGCAGCUUGGGGAAAAGAAUUGAUGGAAGGCAGUGACUUGAAUUACUACUUCAACUGGAUAAAAACUCAGCUGAGUUCACAGAAACUGCGUGGUAGCGGUGUUGCUGUUGAAACAGGAACAGUCUCUUCAAGUGAUAGUUCCCAGUAUGUUCAGUGCGUGGCCGGGUGCCUGCAGCUGAUGCUCCGGGUCAACGAGUACCGCUUUGCCUGGGUGGAAGCAGACGGGGUGAACUGCAUAAUGGGCGUUUUGAGUAAUAAGUGCGGCUUUCAGCUCCAAUACCAGAUGAUUUUUUCAAUAUGGCUCCUGGCAUUCAGCCCUCAAAUGUGUGAAUACUUGCGACAUUAUAAUAUCAUUCCUGUCCUGUCUGAUAUCCUUCAAGAAUCUGUCAAGGAGAAAGUAACAAGAAUCAUUCUCGCAGCAUUUCGUAACCUUUUAGAAAAAUCAACGGAGAGAGAAAGUCGCCAAGAAUACGCCCUGGCUAUGAUUCAGUGCAAAGUUCUGAAGCAGCUGGAGAAUUUGGAGCAACAAAAGUAUGAUGAUGAAGAUAUCAGCGAGGACAUCAAAUUCCUCUUGGAAAAGCUCGGUGAGAGUGUUCAGGAUCUUAGCUCCUUUGAUGAAUACAGUUCAGAACUUAAAUCUGGAAGACUAGAAUGGAGCCCUGUGCACAAAUCUGAGAAGUUUUGGAGAGAAAAUGCUGUAAGGCUAAAUGAGAAGAAUUAUGAGCUUUUAAAAAUUUUGACAAAAAUCUUGGAGUUGUCAGAUGAUCCCCAAGUCUUGGCUGUUGCUGCUCAUGAUGUUGGCGAAUAUGUGCGUCAUUACCCACGAGGCAAACGGGUCAUCGAGCAGCUUGGCGGGAAGCAGCUGGUGAUGAACCACAUGCACCACGAGGACCAGCAAGUGCGCUACAACGCUCUCUUGGCGGUGCAGAAGCUGAUGGUGCAUAACUGGGAGUAUCUUGGGAAGCAGCUCCAGUCGGAGCAGCCCCAGACUGCAGCCGCCCGAAGCUGAACUGGUCCCCGACUUCAGCAUCGCCAGCUUUCCCGCUUUCCCUGUGAUGAGCCCUUGAGUGUGAUUCUCAAGGGUUGGGGUCACGAGCAAAUAGUUUCUCUUUUUCCUUCUCAUUCGCUUAUGUUGUGUAGCUUCUCCAAAUGCUGAUUUCCAGUGUUUGCGCAUUAAGUUAUAUGAAAAAGUAAGCGCUUUCUCUACCUAAGGAAAACGUUACUGUGACAGGUACUGCUUGUAAUUUCUGUAUUUAUUGUUCUAUGGAAAUGAAUAGUGUUAUUAAAAAACUCUCACUCCA